AUGACAAAGUUGACAGUUCUAGCAGGACUGUGCCUGCUGAUGUGCCAGCUGGCAACGUCCUCCCAGAUGGUGUGUUACUUCACCAACUGGUCCCAGUACAGGCCGGGUACCGGCAAAUACAUGCCGCAAAACGUGGAUCCGUUCCUGUGUACACACCUGAUUUAUGCUUUUUCAAUCAUCAACAACAAAAAUGAGCUGGUCACGUAUGAGUGGAACGAUGAGACCCUUUACCAGAGCUUCAACGGUCUGAAGCGCAAGAACCCAAGUCUGAAGACGUUACUUGCCGUUGGUGGAUGGAAUUUUGGCUCAACUCGGUUCUCCAUCAUGGUGUCCACUCCAACCAACCGUCAGAAAUUCAUUCAAUCUACCAUCAAAUUCCUGAGGACUCACGGAUUUGAUGGUCUGGAUUUGGACUGGGAGUACCCUGGAUCUCGUGGAAGCCCCCCAGCAGACAAGACGAGGUUCACUUUGCUCUGCAAGGGACUUGCUGACGCCUACGCAGCCGAGGCCAAGGCCACAGGCAAGCCCCAACUCCUGCUGACUGCUGCAGUGUCUGCAGGAAAGGGAACCAUCGAUGCAGGUUACGAGAUCGCUGCAAUUGCUAAGUAUCUGGACUUCAUCAAUGUCAUGACAUACGACUUCCAUGGAGCUUGGGAGCCAUUCACAGGACACAACAGUCCACUGUAUAAAGGCUCACAUGACACCGGUGACCUCAUCUACUUUAACACGGACUAUGCUAUGAAGUACUGGAGGGAUAAAGGCACCCCAGUAGAGAAACUGAGGAUGGGUUUUGCUGCCUAUGGUCGUACUUUCCGUCUGACAUCAUCAAACACUGGAGUCGGAGCUCCAGCUAGUGGUGCUGCAUCGGCCGGUCCAUUCACACGUGAAGCUGGAUUCUGGUCCUACUAUGAGAUUUGUAACUUCCUCAAGGGGACCACCAUUCAGUGGAUCGAUGAGCAGAAAGUUCCAUAUGCCAGCAAGAACAGUGAGUGGGUGGGAUUUGAUACCCGAGAGAGCUAUGAGAGAAAGGUUCAAUACAUGAAGGACAUGAAGUAUGGUGGUGCAUUUGUGUGGGCUUUGGAUCUGGAUGAUUUCAAAGGAGAGUUCUGUGGACAGGGCAGCCAUCCUUUGCUGGCGCAUCUGCGUAAACUUAUUGACGUUGAAAUGCCUCCAACGCCAUCAACCACAACAAGGAGACCAAGUGCUACAACCACAACUGCCAAACCUGUUACUACCACUGCAUCAACAACCUCAACCACGAAAACCACAAUUCCCAUCCCAGGACGUGGCUUCUGUAAAGGCAAGCCAGACGGAACAUACACCAACCCGGACGAUAAAACCAGCUUCUAUGUGUGUGCAGGAGGUCGAACCUUUCCGAGGAAGUGUGGCAUUGGCACUGUCUUUGGAGACAGUUGUAAGUGCUGUGUGUGGCCUUAA